AUGUUCUCUUGUGUCCGGACUUCUAGUGGCUCUGGCCACAAAAAAGCCAAGAGUGGUCGCCUUGGCAACAUUUGGAGACGUUGGAUACACACUCUCACACACUUCUGGCAUGUAUCCCGCAGGGAUCCUGAGGUCUGUCCUCAGAAUAAAAAGAAGACAGACUCUCUGCCCAAGCCCCCCAGGUUCAACUACAGAACCACAGAAUAUAUUGAACAAAUGGUAGCGUAUUUACCAACUGCAGUUCGGUACAACGACCACCUCUCGAUCAGCAUUUUUCUUACUGUUUACCACAAGUAUGUUACCACCUGGGAGGUGCUGGACCUGAUAAUGACAAUGUAUGCAUCCUUCCAGUCUGACUCAGUGGAGGACCAGCAAACAAAGAGCGACAUAUUCAGUUUUCUAUCUCACUGGUUUGAGAAAUUUCCUGAUAGUUUUUGUGAGGCCCCAGACAUGGCCGUCGUCAGGCGAUUAAUGACCUACGUGAAGCUCAAUGUGCCUUCUGAAGAAGUACAUGCCCGAGUCACGGAGCUGCUCUCAGUUCUGGAGGAGGAGGAGGCCAAAAAGCUAAAGCUUGAGAAAGCUUGUGCAACACCAGCAGAGCCCCCAGUGCAGGAUGCCUCAGCGAUGCAAGAGAGUCUGACGGUGAGGCCAGCUUCUGAGGCAGAGCCACAGGGAGACCUGCCACCCAGAGAGGACACUGCGCUCUUGGAAACAACUCUUGUGGAACCCUUUGAGCCAGAAGAUGAUCCAGUGCAGCUUCCAAGUUCAGAUCCAGCUCUGCCCACAUCACCUGAUACACAGUCACCUACAGACAUGGUUGCAGAUGUGGCUGCAGAUGUUUCAGCUGCAAGGCAUGUAUUUAUAUCUGCCUUUGCACAAUUAGGUGCACCAGAGUGUGUUUUCCCUCUGCCUGAGGUUGACAUGUAG